AUGGGCACCUUGCUGCGCUAUCUCACCACUGCCGAAGGCUGCGAUCUGAUCAUAAUCUGUGAGCGACAAUUCUUCUUUAUUCACAAAGCCGUCAUCGCUGCCCACUCCCCAGUGCUGAGCAGAGAUACAAGCAAGUCAGCGUUCUUUGGUGGCGAGGCAUACACUCUGAAUGCAGUCUCCGCAGAUGUCUUCCGCAAAGUUCUCACUUUCAUGUACACUGGCGACAUCCCCGACUCCUUCCGGAAUGCACUGGCUGCUUCGGAUCAACGUCCCCUCAACGAAAAGUUCCCAGUGACUGACGCCUUUCUCGUCACUGUACAAGGCAAGCCCGCUACCGUCAGCCUCUCUAAUGGCUCGUUGACGACGGUAGACACUAUUACCAACGCGGACAAAUGGGCAAAAUCCAUGGCAAAGCAAGCCUUGAACAAGGAUCCUUACGAUACCCUUCCAUGCCAGCACCCAGACGAAGUCUUUGCCGAGCUCAAUGUAUACAUCGUGGCAAAGCAAUUGGAGAUCCAAUCCUUGAAGGGUGUUUGCGUGCAAAAAAUCAUUGCUUGGUUUGAGAGAGAACUACACGUAGGGCUGUCCUUGUCCGAAGACUUCCGGAUUUCGGCAGGCCUUUUUUUCCGGCUCUGUGCAACGCACCUCCUUGUCGUGGAACAAGAAAGUGCUCUGAGGUCUGUGCUUGAGAAAUGCAACCCAAGCCUCUGGGAGGUGAUGAUGUCCGUCCGCAACCAGUGGCAAAAGGAACUCAAGGACCAGCGGGAUGAGUUGCAAAAGAGCAAGGAUCAGGUCUCGGCUUUCAAGACUGACCUAGACAGGCAGAAGAAUGCCUCGAGAGACCUGGACAAAGCAUAUCAAUCAAGAAUGGAGGCCUUGGAGAAGUCACGGGUGCUGGCUGAUGGCAGGACCAAAGCUGCACAAGCAAUGGCUCGACAGCUGGAUGAAUUGACACCGUCUCUGCAACAGGACCUGCUGAAAGAGCAGGCCAAUGCGGUUCGGUUGAAGGAGAAUAUUCAAAAAGAAAACAACCCCCCGAAGUCCGAACCUGCUGCUCCAAAACUUCAGAAGAAAAUUGAGGACUUGAUGGUAUUGGUCAAGAGCAAGGAACAGGCCUUGGAGCAGUCCAAAGCAGCCAAUAAUAAGAUUAAGGAGGAGCUGCGAGAUGAGAAAGGGGAGCUGUGGGUUGAAUCGACGAAGAUGAAAGAUGCAUUCACCAGGUUCAAGAGAUACAUCAAUCGUGAAGGAGAAUGUCCCUGCUGUCGGAAGCGGUACAACAUCCGGAUCGAGCAUGAGCGAUAUACAUCCAUUGGCUUUGCAUGUGCGUAUUGCUCUUAUCGUUCGAUGUUCCGCGGAGAAGACGACUGA